AUGCUCGGCCUCUUCUCCAAAUCGCCCAUUCAAAGAGCCAUCGAUGCUCACAUCGCCGAGCGUGAUGCAGCUCUAGCAUAUGCACUCCCUGACGAAGCAUCCAGCACCUCUCUCGUCGUCAACGAUAGCAAGAGUUCGUACCAUGGCCUCGCCGUUGGGCUCGAGGAAGGCGACCUAGACAUCCUCUCCGCCGACAUUGAGGGCAUCACAUCCGCCAUCAAAGCUGGUCGCUGGACUUCGACUCGAGUCCUCUGUGCCUAUGUCCGAGCCACGCGUCGAGCUCAGAUCCGUACCAACUGUCUGACCGAAGUCUUCGUCGACAAGGCCUUGCUGCGUGCUGCCGAACUCGAUGCCCACUUCAGCAAGACAGGCGAGCUCGUCGGCCCUCUCCAUGGCGUCCCGAUCUCGCUCAAGGACACUUUCAAUCUCAAGGGCGUCAAGAGCACCCUCGGCUUCUCAAAGUGGAUCGCAAAGCCUCCCGAGUCCACCAUAUCGACCGUCCCUGCGAUCUGCGAGCACCUCGGUGCCAUUCACUUUGUCAAGACCAACAUCCCGCAGACCAUGAUGACGUUCGAAAGCAUCAACCCUGUGUUCGGAAGGACCGUGAACCCAUACAGCCCACUCCACACCUCCGGCGGCAGCUCUGGAGGCGAAGGCGCCAUCAUUGGCUGUGACGGGUCCGUUGCAGGUAUUGGCUCCGACAUUGCCGGAAGCUUGCGCAUCCCUUCGCAUCAUUCAGGCAUCUACACACUCAAGCCUUCGCCCGGAAGAUGGUCGUACAAUGGACAAGUCGAUUUCGGCAAAGGCUUCGAGAGCAUCCAGUCGGUCAUCGGUCCGAUGUGCAGGUCUGCGGCAGAUGUCGAGAUUUUCUUUGUCGAAGUCGCGCGACAGCAUGUUCCAAAGUGGCUGCGCACGCCAAAGGACAAGAAUGACCCCGCUGUGCUCGCUGAAGCUGCUGAGAACGACGAGGACAUGGCUAAAUUCGAUCUCACGAACUCGCCUCUCAUCACCCUUAACGAAGCCUGGCUGAAUCCGCUGGGCAUGGUGGAAGCUCGUGGUGCACCUCUUCGCAUCGGCUUCGUCGUCGGCGAUGGCAUUCAUCGCACCACACCAGCUGUCUACCGCGCAAUUCGAGAAUGUGUCGCCGCGGUCCAGGCAAAGUACUCGACAAAACAGAUCGAGCUCAUCGAGAUCGAACCAAGCAAGCUGCGAAUCUUUGAAGUAAUGCGCAUCUUCCUCCAGCUGCUCACAGCCGACGGCGUGCGCACGCUCCUCAAGGAGCUCGGAACGGACAAGAUCAUCCCUCACAUCAAGCUGCCGAUCCUGGUCAGUCGUCUGCCUCGCUUGAUUCGCUCCGCUAUCGUCUUCUUCGUCCGCUACAUCCUGCGCGACAGCAUGUACGCUGACCUAGCGUCUUCGAUGGGGCAGAUCUCAGCUGCAGAUCACGCCGAGGCGCUUGAGCGUCGCCAUCGCUUUGUCGACAAAUGGAACCACAUUGUGUGGCACGACAUGGCGCUCGAUGCGAUCAUUGCGCCCACUCAAGCCUGCCCUGCUGUUCCUCACGGCGGCGCCACGCACACCUCGACACAGGCCGGAUCCACCGUGCUGUUCAACAUCACCGAAGCGUCCGUCGCCGUCCUGCCCGUGCUUCGCGUCGAUCCUGCUCGCGACUCGCACAAGAGAAAGGACUACGAAAGCGCGACUCCCGAGCAGCGCGCCAACUUCGACAGGUGGGAAUCCGAGACCUGCUGGCGAUCUACCAGCAAGAUAUGCAACUAUCUGCUGUACAGCACCGCCUACGAUGCAGAGAAGAUGGAGGGAUUGCCCGUCGGCGUGCAGGUUGUCACCAGACCUUACCACGACGAGAAGGCGAUUGGCAUGAUGAGGUUGAUUGACGAUGCGCUGCCCAGCCCAGCGACCAGAGGUUCGGCUUGGAAGAACGUUCUCGAUCCUAGGGGGAAUGCGAUCUCGAAAGAGAAUGCCAAAUCGGCUGUUGGGUUCGGUCCGGGUAGCUUGACGAGGGCCCUGUUUCAGUAG